AUGACCGUCACAUAUUCCAGUAAAGUAGCCAAUGCUACAUUUUUUGGUUUCCACCGGUUACUACUGAAGUGGAGAGGCAGCAUUUAUAAAUUACUCUACAGAGAGUUCCUUCUGUUCAUCAGUUUAUAUACAUCACUGAGCGUCAUAUACAGAUUUUUUCUUACAGAUUCUCAAAAACGUUACUUUGAAAAAGUAUCGCUUUACUGUGACAAAUAUGCUGAACAAAUCCCAGUAACAUUUGUUUUAGGUUUUUAUGUUACUCUUGUGGUGAACCGGUGGUGGAACCAGUUUGUAAAUCUUCCAUGGCCUGACAGACUCAUGCUACUUAUCUCCAGCAAUGUGCACGGGAGAGAUGAGUAUGGACGGCUUCUUCGCAGGACACUUAUGCGUUAUGUUAAUCUCACCUCGUUACUGAUUUUUCGAUCAGUCAGCACUGCAGUGUACAAACGAUUCCCGACAAUGGAUCAUGUUGUAGAAGCAGGCUUUAUGACAGCAGAUGAGCGAAAAAUAUUUGACAACCUUAAAUCUCCUCACCUCAAGUACUGGGUACCAGUCGUCUGGUUUGGAAAUUUAGCUUCAAAAGCCAGGUCUGAUGGAAGAAUUCGUGACAGCGUUGAUCUUCAAUUAAUGCUUAAUGAAAUGAACAGGUAUCGGUCAUGGUGUGGUCUCCUAUUUGGCUAUGACUGGGUUGGCAUUCCUCUGGUGUACACACAGGUAGUAACUCUCGCAGUAUACACUUUCUUCUUCGCCUGUAUAAUUGGACGUCAGUUCUUAGACCCUGAACAAGCCUAUGCAGGACAUGACUUGGACCUCUACAUUCCAGUUUUCACUCUGCUUCAGUUCUUUUUCUAUGCAGGCUGGUUAAAGGUGGCUGAGCAGCUAAUUAACCCUUUCGGUGAAGAUGAUGACGACUUUGAAACUAACUGGUGCAUAGACAGAAAUUUACAGGUUUCCCUAAUGGCAGUAGAUGAGAUGCAUACAAACUUACCGAAGAUGAGUAGAGACAUCUACUGGAAUGACUCUGACGUGCGACCACCAUACACACUUGCAGCUGCUGACUACUGUAUUCCUUCAUUCUUGGGAUCAACAGUCCAUAUGGGACUACCCGAUUCUGUUUUUCUACAUGAAGACUGGUUUCUGGAUGAAGAGAAGCAUAGAAGACAACCUUCUGUUUUAAGAAGAGUCAAGCGGUUUUUAAGUGUCCAUGAGCAUCCUGAAUCUCCCGUCAGACGUACUUUCAGUCGACAGGGGAGUGAUGCAUCAACUAUGUUCUUUCCUAGUGAAACAAGUUACAUAGGCAGUUUCCAUGAUGUUCCAUCUAGAAGACCUCAUCUUCAUGGUAGUAAGAGGAAUGAAUCUAUGGAUAAAAAUGCCAAGCCUGGCACAACUAGGAAUGAUCUAUCUGUUAUUCGGGAGUCUAGUAGAUCAAAUUCUUCAGAAAGACAACCCUCAAGUGAGGACAAUAUUACACCAAACUCAGCUUCACAUGUACCUGAAGUGGUGGUCACUACAUCUUCUGAAACUGUAGUCCAAAAUGAUGCCCCACUGCAGUCAAAUCCUCCACUUAUAUCAAAUAAUAUAGAAAAUACUGAAUGUGUUCAGAAAAACACUGAGCAACCAUCCUCUGAAAUAAUUUCCAAACAAGAUAUUCAGAAACAAGGGUCAGUACAAGUUCCAGUGAAAACAGGUGAGGAGAAAUUACAGCACGUCACUAAAGAUCAGCAGAUUACUUCCCAUCGAUUCAGUGAAACUAUAUUCCCAACACAAAGUUCUGUAACAUAUUUACAGCCACCAUAUACAUCUCUGCAAAAUAUUCCUCUUUCAUUGACUUUAGAAAGGGAAGUGCCUACUUCAGAUGCUCACUCAAAACCCAGUGAAGAUUUGCUGAAUUUAUUGAGCCACAUUGACACCAAAGAAACAGACAUUGUCGAGUUUCAUGAUGAAAAGAAAGAUGAGAAUAUAUAA